AGGCUCUGCAUCCCCAUCCCUUCCUAAGCUCCAGAUGGGUCUUGCAGCCUUUGCAGAGGCCCCUGACAGUCUAAAGACCCACAGAAGCUGCCUUGUCACUUAUCUGGCAGGGCUGUGUGGGUCUGGGUGAGAGGUCUUCUCCUGCCUUGAGUGAGGCUCCUUUGGGAGCGUCUUGCCUGGGAUCUCUCACUUGUCCCUCUCCACUCCCGCGCGGAUCUGUCCCCCGCCCGCGCCCAGCGUGGCGCGCCCCCUCUCCGCGCGCGGGCGGGCGCUGAACAGUGUCGCCGGCCGCCUGCAGGUGUCUCCCCACGGAGGGGCGCGCGUCCCUGCGCCGUGGCCGCUGCCAGGCGCCCGCGGCUGCUCGCCGAAGCGCACUCGCGCUCCGGGCUCCGGGCGCGCUGGUCGGCUCCACUCUGCGGCCCCAGUCGCCCCGCGUCCUCGUCGCCCCGCGUCCCCGCCGUGGGCCAUGGGCCUGCGCCGCGAACACCGUCGCCGACCGCAGGCACCUGAGCCCCGGGGCGGGCGCUGACGCGGGCACCGCUGCCAACUUCGCGCGGAGCUGCGGGCGGCGCGGGCGGCAUGAAGACGAGCCGCCGCGGCCGAGCGCUCCUGGCCGUGGCCUUGAACCUGCUGGCGCUGCUCUUCGCCACCACCGCCUUCCUCACCACGUACUGGUGCCAGGGCACGCAACGGGUGCCCAAGCCUGGCUGCGGCCAGGGCGGCGGCGCCAACUGCCCCAACUCGGGCGCCAACGCCACGGCCAACAGCACAGCCGCCCCCGUCGCCGCGAGCCCGGCCGGCGCGCCCUACAGCUGGGAGGCGGGCGACGAGCGCUUCCAGCUGCGCCGUUUCCACACUGGCAUCUGGUACUCGUGUGAGGAAGAGCUCGGUGGCCCGGGUGACAGGAGACCAGCCCCUCCCCUUCCAGGAUCUCUGCCAGCCCUGGAGCCUGGUGACAAGGGGUCACAACAAGUUCCACAGCUGGGACAGUUUAUGAUGUCAUCUCAGGACCACCAGUUCACUGAAGAGCAGAACUUCAUCUUAGAAAGAAUGUGGGUGCACAGGUGAGAAAUGUCGCAGCUUCAUUGACCUGGCUCCAGCGUCAGAGAAAGGGGUGCUGUGGCUGUCGGUGGUCUCUGAGGUGCUCUACAUCCUUCUGCUGGUGGUCGGCUUCAGUCUCAUGUGUCUUGAGCUCGUCCACUCCAGCAGCGUCAUAGACGGGCUGAAGCUCAAUGCCUUUGCUGCGGUCUUCACGGUGCUCUCAGGUCUCCUGGGAAUGGUCGCACACAUGAUGUACACACAGGUGUUCCAGGUCACCGUGAGCCUUGGUCCUGAAGACUGGAGACCUCAUUCCUGGGACUAUGGGUGGUCCUUCUGCUUGGCCUGGGGUUCAUUUACCUGCUGCAUGGCGGCAUCUGUCACUACACUCAACUCCUAUACCAAGACAGUCAUUGAGUUCCGGCAUAAGCGCAAGGUCUUUGAGCAAGGAUACCGGGAGGAGCCGACGUUCAUAGAUCCUGAGGCCAUCAAAUACUUCCGGGAGAGGAUUGAGAAGGGGGACGUGAGUGAAGAGGAAGACUUCCGCCUUGCCUGCCGCCACGAGAGAUACCCGACCCGGCACCAGCCACACAUGGGAGACUCCUGGCCACGGAGCUCAGCUCACGAGGCAGCAGAGCUAAACCGUCAGUGCUGGGUCCUGGGGCACUGGGUGUGAAGUGGCCCAAGCGCCCCGGCCUUCCUGCCAUCAUUGGCACGCCCCUCCCACAGGACACGGAAGCCUGGUCUCUGUGCUGUGGACUCAGCUCUCCUGUCGUGGAGACACCAGGCCUAGACUGCCACCACUGCCUGGGUCUCGGGCCCCAGAAGUGGGUCAAGCAGGCCUGAGGGACUGUCCAGGUGGCACAGAGACUCGGAGACAGCAGCCACCACCACACUUAAGAGCCCCACCCAGCUGGAAAGCCAGGAAGAACAUGGGCAUUGACCACUGGAUGCUAGACACCCCACAGCCAGCCACAAAGUCAAGCAGGUGCCCAGAGGGGCAGGGUCCUAUGCGGACAGGGAGCAGGGCUUAUUGAGGGAGAGGCAGUGUCUGCCUCUGCAGGGGCCACAGAGCAGGCACACAACAGGGGCUCAAUAAAUGCUUGGUGAAUCUGUUCUCUUGUUAUGUAUGGGCUGGCUCUCCCAUCAUUACCUUACCCGAGAUAUAAGCCCUGGGCAGUGAGAUCAGCUAGAGUCCAGCCCAGCCUGGGGAAGAUCAAGAUAGAGACAGGUGGGCAGAGCAAGAGGGGAAGGCCAGGAGCUAGAAGCAGCACAUGUGUUUAGGAACUUCAGCAAUGUGACACCACCCUGACUCUGAGGGUCCUUUACCCCGUGUCUAGGGCCUCUUUACAGAAAACCUCUGGCUCAGUUGCCUGGAGGAAAAACAAUUCCUGUCUUGACUAUGAGAGCUUGGGUCCAGAGAGAGAAAUUUCUUGCUUGAGACUAGAGAUGACAUGUGGGACUGUGAGUUUAAACCAGACUUGAUCCAAGUUUAGUCUCCCAAGAGCCUAAUCCUGCCCUGAAGGAUUGGCAGACCGAGGCAGAAUGUGGUCCUCUUCUUCAUUCAUCCACCCAUUGCCCAUCCAUGACUCACGGUCCCACCAGCCAGCCAUUUAGCCAACAUUUGGCCACCAUCAUCUACCGCCACUGAUCUGUGCAUCCAUUCAUCCAACCAUGAUCCAUCCAUUCACCAUCCACUCACCCAUCAUCCAUCAUCCUGCCCAUCCAUGUGUCAUGACCAUUUAACCAACAUCCAUCCAUCCAUCCAUCCAUCUAUCCAUCCAUCCAUCCAUCCAUCCAUCCAUCCAUCCACAUGUGGUUCAUCCAUCUAAUCCUUCACCAAUUCAGCAGUUUGUAGCCACUCAUCACCUAUCCAACCAUCCAUCUAUCCAGCCAGCCAGCCAGCAUCCAUCCAUCCAUCCACCAACCCUCAAUUAUCCAUUCACCCAUGAUUCAGCCACCCAUUAUCCAUUGAUCACUGUCAUUCCUCCCCUUGUCAAUCAUCCAUCCACCCAUCUGUGCUUGAGACAUUUUCAUCAUCCAGCUAUCUAUCUGUGCAUCUGUCUGCAUACAGGUGUCAUCUAUUGUGCCCCUACUGUGUGCCACACAGUGUGGCAGGCUCUUGAGAUGGAACACUGACACUUCCAGUGAAGCAGACAAGGGAUAGAAUGGGAGGUGACAGCUCAGUGUAUUAGUGCUGGGUGUGGUACCUGCUCUGGAGUCAGACUGCCUAGCAUCAGAUCCUGUCUCCUCAGCCCCGGUGGCCUUACCCUGUAGAUGGGACUCUUCACUGUACCUACCUCUUACAGCUGCUGGGGGUGGGGCCGGUGGUGACAGAGACUGGUGCCUGUGAGCACAGGGAACAGCAGAGUCUAGACCAUGGAAAGCACCCUGCCAUCAUGUCAUCGAGGAGAGUUGGGGCCAUGGAGCUGAGGCAGUGCCUGUCGGAGACCACCUGAAGGAUCGGCGAUCAAGGAAAUGAUAAUCCAAGCCAUCUCGCCGAUGUCAGGUUGUGCAAGGAAGGACAGGACAGGAGAGGGCUUUCAAAUGGUCCACGGAGGGAUUGGAGGUCUGUGGGGGUGGAACCAGAUUGCAGAGAGGACUCAAAGCUUCAUUGGAGACCUGUAGCUUAUCCUGGGGACAGAUGGAUGCUCUGGACAGGGUGGGACAGGCCAAAGUGAGGUGUGUAGUCUAGAAAGUCACCACAGCUCCAGGCUAGAGUAGAUGAUGACGGCGGGACUCCCAUGUCCUUGCAGGGCCCUAAGUGUGAGGAGAGUGCUGUAGGUGAGGAAUGAGGCCCAUGGAGGGCCAGGUAGUUGACUUAGGGGCCCAAGAGGAGGGACUGGCAUGGGAGGAGAGGGCUUAAAGUACUGUCCUGUGUUAGGCAGGGCACGAGGGGCAAAGGAUGACUCCGUGCUUCUGUAUGCAGGCAUGCCUGUGCUCAGUCAUUCUGAGAGCACCUGUGUUCACACAGUUAGUGACUCUGGGGGAGACAAAGUUGACCUGGCAGAGUCCUGCACAGUUGUGAGGGCACCAGAAGACCAGUAUGUGGAGUGGUGGCACUGGCCUUUCACAAGUGGGAGCCACUGGGAUGGGGCCUGAGCAUGGUCAUUGGUCUGGAAUCUGACCCUGCCACCAGGAACUUUGUAGGUCUUAAUGGUCAUCCAGGGGCCCUGUGAAGUUGGUCAUGGGCCCCAGGAGGUCUAAGAAAUGAUUUUAGUUGCAAAACUGCCAUCUAUUUUAAUAGCUGUGUUUAUGUAAAUGUGUAUUAGAAAACUGUGUACGGGCGUGUCCACGCUCCAGAUGCAGGCACUGCUGCGUAGAAUGAACCACAAUAGGCAUUUCAGUAAAAAGAGUUGGCUUAAAGAAAAAUACUAAAUAAAUAGUCAUGCAAGUGGUCUGUGA